AUGAUAGAAGCUGACUACACAUUUGGUGAUGCCUAUGGUUAUGAUAUCAAAGGACUAAUCGGGCAUGGAGGCUAUGGGGCAGUAUUCCUUGCAUAUUCUUAUCAGUACAAGUGCAAUUUUGCCAUCAAAAGAAUAUCCAUAGAAAAAUUUAUGGAGAAUGAAGUCCAAUGUAUGAUUGAAAUCAAAUCUCCAUACAUUGUUCCAUUGUACAUGUAUCAUAUCCAUAAAGAAAAUGUCUAUCUCGUCUUAGAAUAUUGCCAAGAUAAUUUGGAUAAUUUCAUAACAUCCUCUGGUCAACUUCCAAAGAACAAGAUAUAUGAAUUGGCCUUUGGCGUCGCACAAGCUGUACAGGCAUGCCAUGAACAGGGAAUCUCUCACAGAGAUAUUAAACCUCAAAAUUUCCUCAUUGAUAAUUAUGGAAGAGUUAAGAUAUGCGAUUUUGGACUUUCAAUGAAAACAAUAACAAACUCAUUAAAUCAAGGAGGAACAUUAAUGUUUGCGAGUCCAGAAAUCCUGAAACGCAAACCAGUUGAUAAUUUUUGCGCAGAUAUUUGGGCACUUGGAGUGACUUUCUUCUUUAUAUGCACUGGAAAAUAUCCAUGGUCAUUAAACUCAAUACAGAAUUUUUAUGGAUCAAUCAUAAACGGAAUCUAUGAAGAAUAUCAAAUAGAAGACAAGUUUAUGAGAAAGUUAAUAAGAAACUGCCUCAAAGUAGAGCAAAACGAGAGACCCUCAAUCAAAGAAAUUGUUGAAACAUUAAGAUCCAAGAAACAAUCUCCUCCGGCCCUUCCAAAGCUAAUUAGCAAAGUUUCAACAAGGAAUUCUCUUUCAACAAUACUUCGUGAUAAUAGAAAGAGUGUUUGCAACGGAAUUACUAGAUAUAAUAGCUAUUCAUGA